AUGUUUCCUUCACUUUCGACUCUUCUACUGUUUUUCACUGUUUCACAGAAAGCAUCUGCAUUCGUUGCAUUCGAGUUCCAAACCUUGGAAUACACUCCAGUGGAGUUAUCAUUCAGCCAAGAUCUUCUCGAUGAUGAGAUUCUGACAAAGUGUUGUACUGAGACUGCAAGCUUCAACUUCCGAGCAUACGGAAGAGACUUUCCACUUCGACUUCAAAGAAACUGUCAGAUAAAAGAAGAGUUCGCAGAGGAGACUGCACAAUUUUCAGAUGAGGGAUCCACGUGGCAAGGAAAAUUGGAAGACCAACCAAACUCCACAGUUGACGGCGACAUUGUAAAUGGACUGUUCGAGGGAAUUAUUCUCACUGGAGACGGAGAGAAAUUCAUGGUUGAACGACAAUUCCAAUCCGAUGGAAAAGGACACUCUCUGAUCUACAAAGUCACAUCGAGAAAACAAGUUGUGAAGACUCUUUUUCCGGAAGAAGUAAUGAAUGACGAGGGGAGUGGAAUCCAAGGAAGCGGUCUAGAGAUUUCUUGA